CCGCGACCGGCCUUAUCACGGCACUCACUCGAAGUCCGCGGUCCGCGACGACCGCUUCGCGCCAACUUUCGGUAGUGACGUGUUCUGUGUAUUCACAAACUACAAAGUGAACACGUGCCUAGUCGCGCAGUGCGCAUCAAGCGUUUUGCAAAAAUUGCAGUUCAAGUGCGUUUAUAAUAAACCAAAACGGCUGACCUGUCGAGAAUUAUAAACAAAACACACGUGCCAGCUCGCAAUAAGCGAGAGCCCAAAAUGAGCACAAAGGGCAAGCGGCCAAUGCGUGCCUUGACCCCUGGCGAUAAGAUCGAGGCCAUUCAGCGAGUUAAUGAUGGUGAAUCCAAGGCUUCAGUUGCAAGAGACAUUGGUGUUCCCGAAUCUACUCUUCGAGGCUGGUGCAAGAAUGAGGACAAACUCCGUUAUAUGACAUCGCGUUUGUCAUCACCCGAAACUGAUAAGAGCAAUGAUGGAGAACCCCCAGACAAGAGGGCACGAACGGAAUCCCCGACUGCCCCCCAAUCGCCUGCCACUGCUGGUCUUGAUCUCACUUCUUCCGUCAGCGUACCGCAUAGUGUAUCUCAACCGAUUCCGUCUGCUGACGUACCCGUCGAAUUGACCACUAAACGUGCUGAGCCCUCUCCCCCGCCCCAUGCCCCUCGUGACCGCCGCCCUGACCCCGGAGCCAGUGUCUCAAUGAGUGCUAUUAGCCCACUAUCCGGUCUCGGCCAUUUGCCGGGCCUCGCUCACUCACACUUAGGACUGAGCUUUAAUGAAAUUGCAACCAACUUAACCUUAUUAGCUCAACUGAAUCCUGGCCUAUCAGCUCUAUCCGCUCAACCCGCAAGCCGUGCUUUACGUUCUGUACGCUCCCCCAAACCUUCUCAUAAUGGUGUCUUAAAUCUCAAUGACAACAAACAUCGUAGCAAAUCCAGUCAUUCCACGGAUCACUACAGGCACAGUUCCAAAUCAAGUCACCAUGGUGUCCCACAGAAUCCUGCAAAUCAGCCUGUCGACGAUACACUGUGGUAUUGGCUCAAGACGCAGCAAGCUAUGCUCGAUCUAACUGCACAGACAACAGCCGCUCAUCCCUUACAGUUAAGUAAGCCUAGUGAACCGACAUUACCACCAAAACCCGUUGCUCCCGCGCCUCCCAUUGGCUCCCAUCUUGACUAUAAUAGGAAUUCUUGGUUAUGGCAAUACUACAAACAGUUCGGAGGGGCCAUGCCAUUACCAGAAGAUAAACUUAAGUCAGCAUCGCAGGUGCCAAAGGACAAAGCAGCGGAAAACAUUCUGUACUCCCACUUAACAAAAGGUAAACCAGAAGAACACAUCGCAACUUUAACACCCCAAUCGCCACCGCGACACCAACAGGACGUUCAGAGGGUUCCAGAUCAUGAAGAAGCACGCUUGACUGAAUCGGAAACUUUAACGAGCCCCGAACUGGGUACUGAAAACAAAGAGCCUGUCUCCGAUAAAAGCUCGGAAACCGGCAGAAGUCAGAUAAAAGCUCGAACUGUGCUCGACAACUUACUAUUUAAUAACUCGAACCAACCACAAGGAAGUGAGGAUGCCAAAAUCAACAGUAUGUACAAUGGCGGAUGGGAGUCGGGCACGGCAGAGGCCCUAGAACAUGGGGAGAAAUUCUUAGCGUGGCUAGAGGCGAGCGGUGACCCUAGCGUGACGCGUAUGCACGUGCACCAACUGUCUGCCCUGUUGCAUAACCUGCGCACACGGCGGGCGGCCGUGACCGUUGCACCCGCUGGGACCACCGAUGGCGCACGUCGGAAAUAAGCGUCCAGACGGGAACGCGCUCGCUACAGGGAAUACAUCAAUUACAUUGUACAUAGUCAUAGUUAUUUCGUCGCCAGUAAGCGUUCACUUGUGAUAUGUGUAGCCAAAUUUUGCGUAAAUUUUUUCUUUGUUCUAAAAGAAAAGCUAUGCAUUAUCCUUUAUUUUAGAACUAAGUUAUAGAUAAGUCGAUUCUGGCGCUGUUCUCUUAAGCUUCGUCGAGUGUAUACACUUUUCACUGAUAACAAUUUUAUUAUAAUAUAGUAGACAGUCAGCAUAAUGCAUCAACUAAACACAUACUUUUCCAUGCACAUAUGUUACGUGAUUAGACUAAGUAGUACUGGUGUAUGUUUCCACUUGAAUAUUACAUUCCUAGCAAAACUAUUGUAAUAGUCCAAAUCCCUGUGUUCUACCUCAAGUCGUAUCUAUGCUAAGUCACGGCGCUUCGAUCGCUUCAUUAUUUGUAUAUUGUAGCCGAUAGAGGAGUACAAAAACUGUUGGGUGAGUAGAUACCAAAAAUCGAAAGGAUAGGUAGUAAUCAAUGUGCCAAUCGUGCGAGAACUUGUUAAGAUUUAAAUAUUAUUAUUAUGUUGAUGAUGCGCAAGUAAUUGUUUUUAUUGCUCAGUAUUUUAUAGUAGACCUGUGUCUCGACUCGGAAUUGUAUUAUAUGUUAACUUUAACAGUUAAGGAUACUGUGAUCAAAAUUAUAAAUUAUUGAGAGAUUAUUAAUAUUAUAAGAACAUUCCUAUGAAUAGAGUGUAUUAUCUUAAUGUUAAUGUCCAACUCCAAGGAGAUGGAAGUGUCAUUAGAAGAGUUCAAAUCUCUAUUUCUUUUUCUCUAUUGUUAGAAUAGUUAACUUACAUUUCGUGUUGAUGGUACCUUUUAGCUCCACUGAAUUUUUCGAGAGAUUGAUAUUUUGUACAAAAUUAAGAUUAUAAAUACUCCUACACAGAGUUUGUGAACUUGAAAUGUUAAAGAAAUAAAAAUGAUUGAACCUUAA